UGGACCUAAUGCGUCGAGUAUCUGCUUCCGUGAUGAAACAUCAAAUCAGGGACUGUUAAAAUAGUCUGGCUCACAUUAUCCUCGAUCAGGAAGUAAGUGUUCCCUCAGUGGUCACGAGACGUUGACAUGGCGGUGUGUCCCCUCUGGUCAGCCCGGUGAACUUAGGGGAACUCGGGGGAUCGCGGGGAUUACAGAUGUAGAGCUACCCUCGACAGUUCAACCGCGACCAAUGUGACGGAUUGUGCAAGUGACGUAGGCUAAGUGACAUGGCGUCUAAUUCGGACGACGAUGAUGUGUCGAUUCCAUCACGAUACAGGAAUGUGUCCCUGGAUGCACUCCGGGUGUCAGCUCGAAAGAAGCUGUCUCUCUACCUCAACAUCGAGAGGCUGCUGAAUGAAGAAGGCAUUGUACCAGACUAUAAUGGACUGGCCGAGCAAAUUGGCUUCUCCUUCCUGGAGAUCCAGAACUUUGGCCGACAGAGAGACCCUACGACGGAGGUGCUGAACGAGUGGACGAGGAGACCAGACUUGUCCCCGACUGUAGGCCAGCUCUUUUACUAUCUCAAGGUGAUGGGCCGUGAGGAUGUGCUGACAGACUGCAAACGUAGCAUUGUUCUGGAUAUCGAGCACUACGUGUCACAGCAGGAACGUCGCCAGGACGCCGUCGUACCUCUCCAGGAUGACACCAUAUCCCAGAGUUCCACACCCGAAUCUUCUGAUUUCACAGAUCAUGACACUGAUGAAUACAGAUACAUGACUGUUCAGGAUGUUGAGAACAACUCACCAGCUUUUUAUGAUGCGUUCGUGUGCUACGACCCGGAGGGCUAUGACCUGCAGUUUGUGAAGAAGAUGCUGUCUGAGCUGGAGUCUGCACGGUAUGGGCUGAAGCUGUUUGUUCCUUGGAGAGACGAUCUGCCAGGGUCAUCCACACACACAGUCUCAGCUAAGCUUAUCCAGGACAGGUGUCGAAGAAUGGUGAUCAUUAUGUCUCCCCGCUUCUUAAAGAGUCCGGCCUGCGACUUCCAGACGAAGUUUGCCCACAGUCUCUCGCCAGGUUCCCGCAGCAAGAAGUUGGUGCCUGUCCUCAUCACACCCUGCUUUAUACCCCAGAUCCUUCGCCACGUAACUCUCUGUGAUUUCACAAAACGAGACCUGAUGGAGUGGUUCUGGCACCGGCUUGCCCGAGCAAUUAAGGCUCCCCUUAACUUUGAGGAGCUGCAGAUAAAUGACAAGAUUUCAUUGGAAGACAUCACCCUUAGCCUGGAUCAAGAACAAUAUCGCAACAGUGGGAGCAGCAGCAGCAGCAGCAGCAGUAGCAGCCAACCGCUACCCAUCAUCCACUCUCCUCCCUCCUCCUCAUUAUCCUCCAGGCCUGCUGCUGCAGCCAACUCCCCUGGAUCAAGCGGCGACCACACUCCAAUGGAACCAGGGUCCCCAGUGCAGAGUGCUUCUCCAGGCUCCCCCAUGGCAUCAAUGUCCUCAUCCACGCAGUCAUCAAGCCCCAUUCCCCCUCGUCGCAGACAUCGACAGACUGACAGAAGCAUCCCUCAGCUGUUCCCAUCCAGUCAGUGUUGAUUAGUGUCUGAAAUGAUUGGAAGAAUUGGGCCUACAGAGCAAAUAUGUUUGGAAAGGAACUUUUGAAUUUAGUUUAAUUCAGGUUAAGUUCAACAUUUCAGCAUCACGUAAAUGUUCUCAUCCAGUCAGUGUUGACAUUGGUGGAAGUAAUCAUUUGAAGAAUUGGACCAUCAGAGCACAUAUGUUGGCUAUGGAACUUUUUCAUCAAUUUGAUUACACAACCAACGGCUCAGCAUUCCAGCAAGAUCAGUUACUUGGUUGGGUGUCAGAUUCUCCUGUGCGUACAAAACAUUGUCAGUAGACUGGAUUCUGGAAAUGAAUUGGCAGGCUCCAUUCUAAGUUUGAGAUUUAUAAUCUUUCUAUUUAUUAAAACAAUUAAAGGUGUCAAGGCGUAACUAUACAAAGACUUUUUGUAAUUGGUUAGGGUUAGAACUUGUUCCCAACUAUGACAUGAAUCUGGCAUGAUCCUUCACAAUGGAUUACUGGGGUUCUUGUGUUGUAGUGUAGUGAGCUGGCUUGUGCAGGCACAAGUCUGUCUUAGAGCUGCAUAUCAGUGAUGGACCUGGGGUAACUGCAACCUAGCUCUAGGGCCACAACAUUGUCUUUGUUAACCCUGUUGUGUAACGGAUGCCGUUACAGGACCAUGGCGACCAUGCAGCUGCUCGUGUAAUGAACUCCGGCUGAAGUCUCAGUUGUCCUCACUCAAGUUCAGAGGGAAAUUGUGUUUACUGUUUCAAGAGAUCAUGUGGAAAUAAACACACUGUGUGAGCAGACUACACAGGAUCUUCAUUUCAACUGGAAGAGUAAUCUGAGUGAGAUCUUGUGUUGUAUCACUUGCCUCUUGCAGGCUUCACAUGAGAGGGAAGUGAAAUCUCCAAAACAGACAUAUACGUUCACACAGUUACAAAGAAGUGUUUCACAUUGUUUAUCACAAGCAUUUGACAUGUUUCAAAAAUCUUGUUGGAAACUGUAAGAUUAACUUUACUUUGUUUCAGAACAAUAUCUCUGAGUAACAGAUGCGAAAAACACUGGAUGUAUUUCUUCAGUUGAAAAUGACAAUGACAAUACUUAAUUACCGGAAAUAGGGAGCCCUUUGUACAUGUGAAAGUGCUGACAGAUUAAACACAUAGGACUUGCCCUACACAAUGCGAGUAUAUCAAGAAAGCCACAAAGGUUAAAACAAGGCAGGGAUGAACAAUCCUUUAACAGAUGAAUGCAGGUUGGAUAACAGAUCUAAGAGCUGUUUGUGUUGAGAUGUGGCUGAUCGUAUCAUUGACCGGAGGAUAGGAGUGUUUACUCAUUACUUAUAAUUAUAUGAGAUAAAUUUAGAACUUGUUUGUCAUAUAAAAUGGUAAGAUUGUCGAAGUUGUCCUCACUCAAGUGCAGAAAGAAAUUGUGUUCACUGUUUCAAGAGCAAUGUGGAAAUAAACACAGAGUGUGAACAGACUAUCACAGGACCUUCAGUACAACUGGAAGGGUAAUCUGAAUGAGAUCUUGAGUUGUAUCACUUGUUUCUUACAGGCUUCAUUUAGAACUUGUUCUGGUAGAACUGGUAAGACUGUCGAAGGUACCCCAAUACAAGUUAUAUGUUCAUUUGUCCUUGCAGGAACAUACCAGUUGAUCAGUGUAAGAGAACGAAAGAGAACAGUUCUUUAAUGGUACAUAUGAUAGUGGUACAUAUAUUUGACAUCGCUGGUGGUGGGACAGUUGCAUUUGUAUUUGAGAGUUUGGUUUAUACCACAAAACUAGUUAUUGGAUAAUACUACAUGUAUUUGAGAGUAGGGUUUGUACCACACAACUGGGGUCAGGACAAUAGUACAUAUAUUUGAGAGUUUGGUUUAUACGACAGACAAGUGUCAGUACUUAAUUAUUUAGAGUAUGUUAUAUACCACAGAACUGUUGUCGUUUUGAGAGUUUGGUUCAGGUCAAACUCCAUUCUGUAAUCAUCUAUGAGAGUAUGGCGUUUAUAUAGUCGCUUAGGGCACAGUUCUGAGUUUAUUAUUUAUGUACCUGAAAACUCUAACUGGCCUCUCAGGGCCCUCUCAGUGCAUGUUCUACCACUUACAGGGCUGUUUCAAUCUUUUGGGUAGAGCAUCUGCCAGAGAGCAGAAGGUCGAUAGUUUGAUUUUCUGGUUGCGUCAUACCAAUAGAUGGUGAAAGAUUGUACAUGUUGUUACCCUUCCUGGCGACCGGCAUUAAGGGGAUAAAACGAGCACCGGUUGGCUCAGAAUGUUUGAGUAGGGUUUCCAUGUUAAAUUGCUCUUACAUUUCCAUGACGAGUCCUGUAGCUUCAGUACUGGCUAUAACGUGUCCAGGAGGGCUCAAUUCUUAAACACAUUUGAAUACAACAUGGCACCACUGAAUCCUAUUUUGUGUUGACAGGUUUUAUAAGUUGUGUUAAGAUUCUCACAUUGGUGGUGAUGAUUCCUCAAAUUGUAGUCAUGUACACCAGUCACGCCUCUUGCCACUGAACUGGUUUGUUUACAGAUCAUUAAUGCAAUGUAAUAGAUUGUCAUGAUCUUUUAGAACAAAUAAAUAUAUUUAGAUAUU